AUAACGCAAGAUCCAGAAACAUCAAAUUAUAUGAUGGUAAUGAAUUAAUGGAAAAAGGAAAUCUAAGAUCUAAUUUAAGAACAAGUUAUGAUCCAUUUGGAAGUUAUCAUAGUUUAGAGUGUAUUGCAAAAGCACUUUUAAUUUUACACAAGUGUAAUUUAGUUCAUGGUGAUUUUCAUAGUGGAAAUGUACUCUAGAUGGCUCUAAUUACUAUUAUGAUGUUAUAAGCGAUUUUGGAUUAAGUAGACCAGUAAAUAAAACUGCUAAUACAAAUGAAAUUUAUGGAGUAAUUCCUUAUAUGGCUCCAGAAGUAUUGCGUGGGAAGCCAUAUACAAAAGCUGCUGAUAUUUAUUCUUUUGGAAUUAUUAUGUGGGAAUUUACAUCUGCUUUCAACAAUAGACCUCACGAUUUUGACCUUUCCUUAGAUAUUUGUAAAGGAUUGAGACCGAAAAUCGUUGAAGACACAUUACCUGUAUAUGCAAGAUUAAUGAAGAGGUGUUGGGAUUCUGAUCCUAAUAAAACUGAUGAAUUAGUAGAAAUC